AUAAUGUAAUAAAUUCAGAUUUUGUGUGGGAGAGAGGAAGAAAGAAAUGAGCGGCAUCAUGAUCCCAGGUUCGAAACCACUACCGGAGCAGCAGAGUCACCACCACCGUCUCUUCGAUUUCGCGAAAACGGCAAUAAUCAAAAUCUUCGCACACCCUUACACCACUGUUUGCGAGCUCUACUGCGGCGAAGCUCCCGACACCGAGAAAUGGGAAGACGCCUUAAUCGGUCACUACAUCGGAAUCGAUACAUGGUAUUCUGGGAUAUCUUGCGUGCGAGAAGCUUGGGAGAGUCAUAGGAAGAGAUACGAUGUGGACUUCUUUCAAGCUGAUCCUUCCAAGGACGAUCUUGUAAUGAAGGUAGAGAAGAUAGUUGGGGAGGUUGAUUUAGUUUCCUGUUGGCGUCAUCUGCAGUUAUGCUUUGAAACUGAGGAGAGUGCGAGAAGACUUUUGACUAAUGUUGCAAGUUUGCUGAAACCGGGUGGUUACUUUUUCGGGAUUACUCCUGAUUCGUCUACAAUAUGGGCAAAGUACCAGAAGAAUGUGGAAGCAUACCACAAUAGGAGCGGAGGGACGAAGCCUAAUGUUUUUCCCAACUACAUUCGGUCGGAAAGUUACAUGAUCACUUUCGAAGUAGAGGAAGAAAAGUUUCCUAAGUUUGGAAAGAGGUAUCAGCUGAAAUUUUCUGGUGACAACCCUCCUGAAGACCAUUGCUUGGUUCACUUCCCAAGCUUAAUCAGGUUAGCGAGGGAAGCUGGCCUUGAAUAUGUGGAGAUUCAAAGUUUAACAGAUUUCUACGAUGAUAACAGAGCUCAAUUCGCAAGUUUGCUGAUGAAUGCUGGACCGAACUUUGUUGACCCUAGGGGGAAGCUUCUUCCACGGGCAUUUGAUUUGUUAGGGCUCUAUGCAACAUUCAUAUUUCAGAAGCCUGACCCAGACCUUGAACCUCCUCUAACGACCCCAAUACCUUACGAGUGUGAUGAGAGAGAAGUUCAGGUGAUCAAUGACACAAGGGCACCUUCGGAAGACUCAUCACAAGGAUUAGGGAAGAUUAGUGAGCAAAAAGGAAUAUUGGGACCAGGCCCUGCUGAUUUACGUUUCUCCGAGGCAAUUUGACACCUCUUUUGUAUGAAAAAAUUGGGUUGCUAGGCCAUCAUAUGCAAGUUGUGUACACAAAAAAAGAUAAAACAUGCAAUCUGGUUUUGUUACAGAAUCAUAUCACUUUGUCCAUGUCAUUUAACAAACAGAGAUCAUUUUUUAUCUUUUUCAAGUGGAUUA